AUUCAAUUGCAUGACACCAGAAUAUUUUAAUCCCAACCCCUUCCUUCCUGCAAUUCUUUGUGAUAAGCACACAUCUUUCGAAAACAUGGUGUUCAUACCUUAUUGAAUAAAAACGAGAUAACUAUUAUCGAAAGAAAAUGAAGAUUACUCUUUGUUUCCUAUUCUUGUUCUUCUUACUUUAUCAACGAACUCACGGUUUACCUGCUGGAUUCCGUGAUGAAGGCGUUACUUUCAGGUCGGGAACGACAGGUUUCGCCUUCGUUCCAACAGGGGAGGGAGAAUCAAUUCUAUUGCUUUGCCAGCGGAAAGGAAAAGUUUUUGCGCUCCUUGAUCCCGACAAUCCAGAUGGAAAAUUGUUAGAAAUUCUUGACAUACAAGAUAGGGUAUGUAGCCAAGGAGAGCGAGGAGUUUCCCAAGUACAGCCCCACCCGAACUUUCUCCAGAAUAGAUACGUCUAUCUUACGUACACGUACGAUAAGCAUGGUGGAUGCGAAUUCAGCGAUGUUAACGGUCCUGUGAAUGUGGUGUCUCGAUUCCGGCUCGAUGACGAUCUGAAAAUGGUGGAUGAAAAAAUAAUCCUGCAAACGAGCCCUUUGCCAACUAAAGUUCACAAUGCUCUUGAUAUGAAAUUCGGAAAUGAUGGAUAUCUGUAUGUUACGUUCGGAAAUGGGGGAAAGUCAAACGAAUAUCAAAACAGUCAAAAGUCAAAUACGUUGCUUGGAUCUCUCGUUCGGAUCACAGACGAUGGUGGUAUCCCUCCCGACAAUCCCUUUACGGAGGAUGACGAUCGACAAUGUGGUAGCGAUGGGUCAACAUCUUCAUCAGGAAGAUGUUCCGAAAUUUGGAGCAUAGGACUUCGCAAUCCCUUCCGGCUUGCCAUGAAUCCCAACGAAAAAGACUUCACACAAUUCUAUGUAAACGACGUUGGAGGAGCAACUUGGGAGGAAAUUUCGGAAGUAACGUCGAAAGCACCGGGGAAAAACUAUGGGUACAGGGAAAUGGAAGGCCCGUGUAGACGUGGGAGCAAAACCGAUUGCAAACCAAACGAGAAGUACGAAGAUCCCCUCUAUUGGUAUGAACACAACGAUGAGGGUGACGGGUGCGUCAGUGGUGGGGCUUUUGUUCCCAAUGGGAUUUGGCCAGAGGAAUACGACAACAAAUACAUGUUUGCUGAUUUCAUCUUCAAGAAGAUAUUCUUUCUCUCGGAAAAUGGGGAUGGUUGUCGCGAGUGCUCUCCUCCACGUCCCGCUUUCGAUCGAGAAUCAUUCAAGAGCACCAGUGAUACUGGGCAACCCGUACAGGUAUGAGCUACGACUUCGACAGGCUUCAUUUGCC